GGCUGAUGUCCGUGUCCGUCCUCCACGUGCGCACCGGAGAGCUGGAGUCAAACACCGAGAGCUUGGUCAGGCUUCAAUCCGUUUACAGGAACCAUGACCGGGAAACACUGGGGAUAUGGAAAAGAUGACGGUAAGAUCCUGCAGCAUCAGAUACAGGCAGAAUCUUUACUGCUUUCCCAUCUAUAGUGGGGACAAUUAACCCUCUGUACUGCAAUAAAAAGGAUACUCUCAUUUGCUCUGCUGUGGGCAUUGCGUGUUUGAUCCCGGGGGAGUAACGCGGAGGAGUCACGCUGUUAAUGCGAGAUUAGCUGCACGCCUAAAGGGAUGACUGCUGUAAACUUAAGCUGACUUUUCACUCGAUUUACCAUGCUCUCUAAAGUGUAGAACGGUGCAUUGUGUCCUUGCCUUGCUGAAAUAUCCUGAUAGCUCAUUUCAACAUUUCUAAUUCUACAGGUCUGAAUUAUAGGCCCACUGUACCAUCUGCAGAAUAAACUGAAUACUCUUAUAAAUCAGUUUAUCUAACUGAUUUGGCUGUCUAAUCAAAGAUGUUAAACUUUUCCUCUGCACUUUAAAUGAACAGCAUGUUAUGACCCUGCAAAAUCACACAUUUUCAUUAGUUUGUGUUCCACCUCUAUUUAAUCAUCACCCUGUGAGCUGGAGCUAAAGGCAUCCUGAAAGCAUUCCAGUAAUGUACUAAAUCCUUCAUCCUGUAUAUUUGUUGUUUUUCCUGUAUGAUCAGGUCCAUCCAUAUGGCACCAAAACUUCCCUGUGGCCGAGGGUGACCGCCAGUCUCCCAUCGACAUUAUGCCUCAACAGGCUUCCCAUGACCCCAACCUGGGCCCCAUUGUACUAAAUUAUGAUCACUGCACCUCUCUCAACAUCUGCAACAAUGGACACUCUGUUGUUGUGGAGUUUGAUGACACUGAUGACCGUUCAGGUAAGGAAAAUUUAUCCUUUUUUUACUAAUCAGUGCAGUACCAGUAAACACCUACAACUAAAACCAGCCACUUGGUCAAAUGUGUUCUUGUUAUAGGUGUCAAAAACAUAUGCAGAAAUGGGAAAAGCGAGUUUUUGAAGUAUUUUUAAGGCCAUGACCUCAGUAGGUGUUUAUGAUUAUUGCCUGUUAAGGUCACAGUUAAGGGAUAAUUCAAGCUAUGAUAUCUCUUCACCACCCACAUGCAGUCUAAAUAUGUCUGAAAGUUUAUUUUCAGUAAACACGCUCUUGAAAGGUGCUAUUAUCAUGAUUUUUAGAAAGUGCAAACCAUCUGCAUAACUGACCAUAAUCAAAGGUUGCAAAUAAGCCACUGUUUAUGCUGCAAGGAAGUGCAGUCAGCAGUUCACUUCAUGAGCAUCUGUCUGGACAGAACUAUAACAAGCUCAGGUGAUCUAAAUGGUAAUUGUCUCCAUAUUCACUUUUAUCUUCGGGUGGAUCCGGUUUAACCACUCUAUCAUUACAAUAGAAGAUAAGCUCAGGUAUGAGGGGCUGUUUGUCUGAGAUGGUAUCCACAGAGAUAGCAAGUAGACAUACUUGGAAGUAAUAAAUGAGAAAGAAGGCCUUUGUGAUUAUUCUAAUGCACUUUCUCAGCAUUUCUCUGUAGUGCAAGCAAGGUGGCCAAAUCCCCUAAACCUGCUGCUGUCAGUAUGCCACAUGCUGCUUGGUUUGAGAGAGCACAUGCACAUAUUGACACGUGACGGAGCUCUGUAUAACUCUUGUUUUGGGGAGAAAAUAAGGUUAUAAUGAUGUUUCUCAAUGAAAAGAGAUGCUUGCAAUUAAGGAAAUUCAGGGUGAUGACAGUAUAAUUGUUGCAAGACAUGAUGUGGAUCAGUUUCGCUCAUAUUUUGUCAUUUUUCAGAAAAUAUUCUGAAUGUUCAGACUUGGAAAGUAAAUCACAUCAAAGUAGCACUUAAAUUUGACACUCACCGAAACCUUGUGGGGCCAGGCCUGCAGGCCUGCCCUCACAGAGCAAACUUUCCUUUUUGCAUAUAGAGCCACAGCCCCCAACAUGGCCAGACUUGUACUGAUCCCCCCCACUGCAGCGCUUAUUUAGUUCUCGUAUUGUGUUUGUAAUGUAUAUUGUGUGCACGACAGGAGGUGAAAUUCAUAGUUUCAAGUAUGUUUAUGAUACUUGAAUAUUCAUAAUUUGAAAUAUGAUAUAAAUGGACAAACAUAAUUUCACACCCUGUGCACCCUAAUACGUUGUAACAUACCAAUCACCUCACUUCUAAUAGAAUCUGCUCUCUGUAUCCACCCAAAAGAUCACAUUGUUCAUGUAACUGCCCCACAUAUGUGUAGUGAGAUUGACAAGAUAAGUGUUUUUCCCUCCCCAUGCCUCGCUGAUCUGACCUUUAACAAAGUGACCUGUUUGGCAGAACGAUGUCAGCAGCAUCACAGUGAAUUACAGUCAGACCAGACUGGUGUCCAUACCCAGCAGGGCCAGCUGGAUAGGCUGACCUAUUCUGAUCACUGACUGACUGAAAUGUUAAGCAAUUAUGAUUUGAAUUGAAGUUUCGGUUAAUCCUUGUUGAGAAAUGAACUUGGAUGGAUGGAUGGAUUCUAAAAAUAGCAUGGCUGUCACUUAAUUUAGUGUAGGAAUGGUUAUUUUUGUCUUAGGAGAAAGCCUCUGCCGCAGACUCUAAUGAUAGAUUUGAUAGUAAAUCAGACAGUCUGUCCGUUAAGGGCUCAUGUCUCUGCUUUUACAGAUAAAUGUAAUCUGCUGGGUGUUUCCAGCUUGACUCAUCUUGUGGUGGAUGCUCUGUGCAGCAUUUGUUGGAAAGCAGUUUGUCUGACACCCAUGGAGAGAAAGGGUGUGAGUGUGGUGUGUGAAUACCAGAUUUUACUUUUUAUAUUUUCACUCCUCUCUUGAAGUGAUCCUGGGAGGCCCUCUUGACAACCCCUACAGGCUGAAACAGUUCCACUUCCACUGGGGUGGAAAGGGUUGCCACGGUUCUGAGCACACUGUUGAAGGAAACAGCUACGCAUCUGAGGUCAGUGUCUGUCAUCUGAAUGCAACACAGUGUGUUUAUGUAUGACUACUCAACACAGAAUGACCCAGUUCUUUUCUAAGCUGUGUGGAAAGAAUUGUUUGAUAAGGAAAAUAUGACUCCAAUGCCCAAAAUUAUCAGCAUUUCAUCUUUGAUAAAACACAUCCUAAUAUACAGAAUCAAAAUUAGCACUGUUGGCCCACAUUUAUAUUAUGCGGCUAAAACAGAUCAUAAAUAUACUCGGGUAGAAAAUGCUGACACAGGAUCCUCUCAGUAGUACACAGCUAUGGGAAAAAUAGGUCCUACAUUGUUUUAUUUUAUUUCAUAAAUCUCUAGAUCAACUCCGAGGCACUCUCUUAAACUAAUUAAGUGCCUGUAUUAUUAUUGUAUGGUCAUGACAACCUUGGAACAAACUCCCACUCAUUGAUGUUUCUGCAUCAAAGCUUUGUAAGUGGGGCGCUGUGAUUCCUGGCUCUCUUUUAUUUCCUGCCUCUCCCCCUCUUACUCCCCUCCAGCUUCAUCUAGUUCACUGGAACGCUGUCAAGUACAGGUCGUUUGGGGAGGCAGCAUCAGCUCCUGAUGGUCUUGCUGUCCUGGGCAUCUUUUUAGAGGUAAGGAGUCCUUUUUUUUUACCCCUUGUUGCUAAUGAAGUUUAAAGUCUGUAUGGGGUCACGCAUCACCACUGAUGUUAUUUUGUGUAAGACCAGACAUUUCUGCGUCACCUUACCCUCAGGCUGAAUAAUCAUCUUGCAUUACUCAAGGUGGUGUUGGCAAUUUUUGGCAAAUGUCUUGCAAAAGAAGUGGAUGAGGAGACCAAUUGGCUUUUCACAUGAUGAGAAAGUAAUUCUCCAAACUACUAAAAUACUCAAUGAAACUUGCAGUGAUUUCUCUCUUUAAAAGUAUUACGAUGUUCUGCCCUAUGAUUACAAGAUAUAAAAUAAGCAUGGGAGGCUUUUUCAAGAGCAUUUAAAAGGAUUUAAGUCGAGUUAGACAUCUGAUCCCCUCUAGCCUUUUCUCCUGAUGAUGAAUCUCUGGAUCUAAAAAUAUAUUUGUUCAUGAUUUUUCAUAAGUCAAGUUAAAUAUCCGUUUUUUUUUCCCCUUUCUGUUACUCUAGACAGGGGAUGACCACAGAUGGCUCCACACAAUAACAGAUGCUCUCUACAUGGUGAAGUAUAAGGUGGGUAUCAUGUUUGUAACUGGAUUGUAUCUAAAUGUGGUUUAAGCUCUGCUGUCAGCAGCACUUCAGCACUAUGAAAAUGGUUUUCUUUAUGUUUCCGUCACAGGCAAGUGUUACAGACUUCAAAGGUUUCAACCCUAAGUGCCUCCUACCCAGCAGCCUCCACUACUGGACCUACCUGGGAUCACUGACCACACCCCCGCUACAUGAGAGCGUCACCUGGAUCGUCCUGAAGGAGCCAAUCGCAGUUUCUGAAAGACAGGUGUGUUAAAUACAUUUCCCUUUUACUACAAUAUAUAUACUAUGAUUUAAACGUCUAGAAAUUAAGGACAUGUCAAAGUGUUGAUUGUUUUUCUCUAAUCUUUAUUUUAAAGUAACAGUUUUAUGGGUAUUCCUUGUAGCUUGAGAUGGACAAUUUAUAGUCAAACAGAUUUAACAACAUGGAAACUCUUAUCUGUAGUACUUAUUGAUUAUUCCAGGUUGUGUAGUACAGUUAUUAAAAAAUUACUUGGCUACAAACUAGACAUGAAUAACACCUUUCACUCAAAAUCUGUAUUUUGCUUUACUAAAAAAUGACAUUUAAAUGAUUCUAGACAGGACUGGCAUUGGGUUUUAAGUGUUUCUUUACUUUUAUUUAAAUCUCAAGUAUGAUCCUAUGAGACUAAAAUAAUGUAAUCCUACGCAGUGGCACAUCAAGACAUUGUAAGUCAUCGGCCCGUGAGGCAUUGAUGCUGCAGUUGAUCAGUCAGUCGUGACACCCGUGCGUCCUGGCUUGCAUACUCUUAGGCUAUCCUUUGUGAUGCUCCAAGGAUCCACUGCGAGCUUUGUUGUCAAACUCAAGUUCAGCAUCACUGGAUCAGUAUGCCAGCUUUGAGCAGUUGUGGGGGUGGGCGCUUGUGGGGUUUACCUCUGUGCUCUUGCGUUUCCAUAAAUAUACUGCGAGGCCUGUGUGUGUGCUAUUAUUAGAAGCUAGAGUGAGGGCGAGCAUCAUUCACAGGGGAUGCCUUGUUUUUAUUCACCACUCUCAGCUCUGAAUUUAAUCAGAAAGUUUAUGUCUGAUAACACCAGGUUGUUGACAAGUUAAGCUGACUAGCUGGAUGUGUGCAGCACAUGCCGUCCAGGUCCCCCAGUGAGCCGGUCCUGUGGCGACUGCUGCCAGCCUCUGGAUUAUACUCUUACACUUUGUUGAUCUUUUCUUGUCUAGUUCUCCAUUUUUAACUCCAGGACUGUACAUGAGGAAUGAGGACUUAUAAUGAUGGUAGCCCCUCGGGUGUAGUCAAAAACAAUCUGUCUUCAAACCCACGUUUUUGGCAUAGUUGGGGGUGAUGUGUCAGCUAGGCGAGUGGCCCCACAACCUCUGACUCCAGACUUCAAGCCUUUGAUCCCCUCCAGCUGAUUAUCCUGAUGGAUGGAUGGCUGGAUGGGUUCAGAGCUUUAAUUGAGAAAUGCUUGCAUGGAGACCCAGCAGGGAAAGUUCUUAUAUAACAGGGUAUUAUUUUGUUUUUCAUUUUCCCUCACAAUGGUAGAAAUGGAGCUAAAGGACACAGAAUAAGACGAGAGUGAGUUGUGAAGGUCCUCUUUAGAUUUUUCUAGUGAGGUGUUUUAAGUAAAGGAUAAUGUAUGGUUAGCUUAGAGUUAUGCCAAAUAGAAAAGGGUUAGAUUAGACUGAAGUGGGAUUUCUUGGAACUGCUAUGCUGGGAAAGGGGGAGAGAGACUAAUGCACAGAUUACAAUGUGUUUUCACGGGACAUAUCAUACCACAGAUCACCUGUCCUACCCUUGGUCGUACUUAUGAGGCAGAAGAAAUUCAUUCACUGAAAAUGGAGGUAAUAUUCUCUCUUUCUCCUUCCCACUGCAGCUAGGCAAGUUUCGAAUGCUCUUGUUCACUGGGGAGGAAGAGGAUCAGAGGAUACGCAUGGAAAAUAACUUCAGGCCCCCCCAGCCUCUCAAAGGCAGGAAAGUACGCUCCUCCAAUUAAUGUGACCUCAAGAGAUCUGGAGUCAUGGAAAGCAACAAGAGUUCUUCUAGACAGCAGUGAAUGCAUUAGAUUGAGUGUACUUUGUAUUUCAUACCUCACGGUAGUUUGUCCUGUGGAUAUGUGGUUGUAACUUAACUGUACAUUGUCAGCACACUGAGAUACAUGUUUCUCUCUACAUUCAGAAUCUUCAGUGACAGAAGGAGGAGGAAUCAGUUUGUGAAUGAUUUAGGGAGUCAAAAAAAAGGGAUUUAUACUAUUUAUUAUUGCCAUUACAAUAAUUACUGUAAUACGGUACGUAUUAAUGAAGAUUAAAAGCUUGAAUCUGUGCUCUAUCAACCAUCAAUAAGAAUUUUAUGGGAGGUUAAUAUACGUAACUGUGAGGUCUGUAUCCAGGAGAGUCUGUUGCUGUUUGCAGACUGGUAUCACAGCCCUCUGCCGUCUGCAGACUCACAGCCUUGGCCUCCUUGCUGAUCCAGACUGAUCCCCAGUUGAUCCGGUCUAUUGCUGGUGGAUUCCCAGUGCUUGUGGCCAUUGAUCCCCUUCAGUUCAACAAUACCAACUCGAGGUGGGAUUGGAUUAGUGUUGCAUUAGCUCUUACUGCUCUGGUUGGCCUUGACAGAGAGCAUGAAAGUCUCAGGUUCCUUUUCGAGCUCAACAGACGUCAGAGUGAUUUAUUAUUUCUGGCAUACCCUCCAAGUUUAAGAAAAACUUCAUAAUUCUGCCUCUAGUUUUUACUUUGAUUUAGUGAAUUAAAUGUUUCAUUCAGCCUCUACAGUUUUUGUUUAUGUGUUCAUCUUCCUGCAUCAACUCUCAGAUACCCUGGUCUUGUGUUUCUUCUGUACAAGAGGUGAAGCGCGCUCUUAUUAACACCUCUCUGCAGAGGCGUCACUUGUAAGACAAACAGUCAUGUGCAAUACUUUACAAAGGCUCUGAUGUAUUAGUUGAGUUAUGCAACUUUAUGCAAUGCUAAUCCUUUUUUCUGGACUUUGAACUAAUUCACAGGAAUGGCAGCUCAGAAGUUCCUUUUCAACAAAAUGCAAACAUGACGAGAGGCGCCUCAUUUAUGAUUGUUCGAUGCAGUUGAUGUGAUGGAACAAAAAGCAAUUUAAUUUAUAGCUGGUUUGAAUAUUUUUAUAAUGCAUUCAAAAUCAUGUUUGCUGAAUAAAAUACCAGUCUAAAUAA